UCCACGUACCUGCAGUAUAGGGAUGAUUCCGAAUGGAAGGCUAAGCGCUUAUUGGAGAAGGCUAGACCAGAAUUGAGGGAACAAUUGGCUCAUCUAGAUAUCCGAGAUUAUGAUGAAAUGUGCAUAAAACUACAAGUAGUAGCUCGCAGUAAGAAGGAGGUUGAGAGAGAGAAGAGGGGUUAUUCAUAUAGUAGACCCCCAACCUACCCUCGACCCACCGGAGGCAUUAUGAAGAAAAACCAUCAGGGUUCGAGUAGCUCAUGGAACCAAGGAAGGCAGAAGGGUCCAUUUCAAAGGGGCCAAGGACAGAGGAGCUAUCAUAGUAGUUAUUACGGGUCACAGAGGAGCCCAACAGUAUCUACCCCUGCCCCGAGUACAGCGAGCUCUCAACAGUGCACUAAAUGCGGGCGUCGUCAUUUCGGACAGUGCUGGAUCUGUUACAUUUGUGGGAAACCCGGUCACAUUGCAAAGUUUUGUGGGGACAACCAGGGCUCAAAUAUGAAGAACCCUUCCCAACAUCCUACUGUCUCUGGUCGUGUGUUUGCUCUUACUCAGGACACCAUGAACUCCCCAGAUGCCAUUAGAGAUUAUAUUGACAAAGAUAGUGGUGAAAAAGGAGUUGUGAAGGGGAACUUGUUAUUCAAGACACAAGGAGCGAAUCCGGCCGAGAAAGCACCAGAGGUGUAAUUAUGGUGUAUGAGACACCAUCUUUUACGUUGCCUCUUAUUUUGGAUUAUACAAUGUAUCUUGUGCCAACUUAGGACAUAUCUUGUCUAUGGAGCAUGUAAACUCUAAUCCUUUUUAUUAAAUGCAUUUAUAUGUCCAAGAGGAUUAUGUCUGUCCCUUUUGAUUCAUGACCUAAUUUAAAUAACAUGCUAUGAGGAUCAUGUCUGUCCCUCAUAGUUCUAAUUGCUUUUUGAGAUAUUUUAAGACC